UUUAACUGAACUAAACCGAAAUAGAAAAUGAGAUAGAUAUAUAUUUACAAGUUCGAAAGGAAGAAAGGAUAGACGAGAAAUGUGCAAAAAAAGCUCGGUUAAACAGAACGAACUUUAUUUUAGAAGGUCGCGAUUCUGCUUUUAAGAACCUUUACAUAAAUCCUAUACCUCAAAUCAUGUUACGUUCCGUCUAGAUAUUUCUUCGUCCAUGAGUGCAUUGUCAAUUACAGUCAUGCUGCGGUUAACUAUGUUCGUCUGCAAUUAAUUUCGCUACGCGUGGUUCAUAUUCGAAGUCACAUGGAAGUUUGUAAAUAAUUUCUCUUUAGAUUGAAAAAUUUAUCGUUAUAUAAAAAAAUGUCGCGACAUCGAGACGUUCGUUGUAUGAAUUAUUCAGAUGAAUAUGAUGGCUACGAUGAUGUAUAUGGACAUUCAAUGGAGGAUGAUUAUUGUGUAUCACCUAGUGCGGAGCAGUUUUUAUUUGAUCGAAGCAAGCAACAGAAUAUUGCUUCCUUUAUCACAGAACCAGAUAUAGUGGAAGACAAUGAAGAUAUUGAUGAAUCUUCGUCAUCACUCAAUGAAGAUAAAUAUAAUCUUUCCGAGUUGGAAAAAGCAAAAUUAAUAUUUUGUUUAGAAGCAAUUAGAAAUAUCAUAGGUGAUGCUGUGCCUGAAUCUAAGUUGAAGGAAAAGAUUAUUACAUCAAAUUUUGAUACAGAUGUAGCACUUGAUGCUAUUUUAAAAGAAUCUUCGCCGAAAAAUGAUCCAGUGAUAAGUAAGGAACGGUUGGAACGAUAUCCAGGUAACAAAUUAUCAUCUAAAUCUGCAUUGCAAGUUACAACACCUUCUACUGUGAAGGUAGUUCCCGCUGGAACGAAACCCGUAGUAAAAGGUUUCGAUCUAAGCGGUGUAGAAAACGCAGAUUUAUUGAAUCCGUGCUGCGAGAGCCCGUCUUCCAAUCGAAAUAGUCCUGAGACUAAACGUAAGGAGGAUAUCAUACAAAGGGAGAAGAAAACGGUCUCGUCGAAAACUAACAGUCCGAGAUGCCAAUCACCCAUAUCAGGUCACGUAACACCGGAAUUUGAUCACAAGGGAAAAUCUAAUGCAGCUAAUGAGGAGAAAAUUGAUGUUCAAGCAAUAUAUAAGGAUAAGAGAGGCGAUAGCAAGGAGCAGCUUCAUUUGGUAGUUGUAGGACAUGUCGACGCUGGAAAAAGCACGUUACUCGGACGACUACUAUGCGAUUUAGGUCAAGUGUCGCAGAGACUCAUUCACAAGUACCAGCAAGAAAGCAAGAAAAUAGGAAAGCAAUCGUUCGUCUACGCUUGGGUACUCGAUGAAACCGGUGAAGAGAGAGAACGAGGAAUAACGAUGGAUAUAGGCCAUUCGAAGUUUGAAACAGACACAAAGUCUAUCACUCUCCUAGAUGCGCCUGGCCACAAGGAUUUUAUUCCAAAUAUGAUAACUGGCGCUACGCAAGCCGACGUAGCUUUAUUAGUGGUUGAUGCGACCAGAGGCGAGUUCGAAACUGGAUUUGACAGUGGAGGACAAACGCGCGAGCACGCACUUUUACUUCGUUCUUUAGGGGUAUCGCAACUGGCAGUAGUUGUAAAUAAACUUGAUACUGUAAAUUGGUCCAAGGACAGAUUCAACGAAAUAGUAGAUAAAAUGAGCGUUUUCCUGAAACAAGCUGGCUUUAAAGACACUGUCACUUUCGUACCUUGUAGUGGUUUAUCCGGCGAAAACAUCGUGACAAAACCAAAAGAACAACUCUCUAACUGGUACACUGGACCUACUUUAAUCAGUGUAAUUGAUAAUUUCAAGUGCCCGGAACGACCUGUAAAUAAACCAUUCCGUUUCUCGGUCAAUGAUAUAUUUAAGGGUACUGGAUCCGGAUUUUGUGUAUCUGGCCAUGUUGAAACGGGUAUGGUAUCUUUAGGUGACAAGGUACUGAUAUUACCACAAAAUGAAAUUGCAGUUGUUAAAGGUCUCCAAUCGGAUGAAAUCUCGACGACAAAUGCAUUCGCCGGUGAUCACGUUGCGUUGACAUUAGCAGGGAUUGAUCAGCAAAACGUAGGCGUUGGCGAUAUUAUUUGUAAUCCGCAGAAUCCGGUGCCCGUAACAACAUGCUUUCAAGCACACGUAGUUAUAUUUGCAAUAGCGAGACCAAUCACGAAAGGGCUUCCAGUGGUGAUGCACCAACAAUCUUUGGUACAGCCAGCAUUCAUCACGAAAUUAAUAGCGCAGCUUCAUCGAAGUACCGGUGAUGUGAUUAAAAAGAAACCACGUUGUUUACCGAAGAAUUCUAGCGCAAUCAUUGAGGUUGCAACACAAAAUCCAGUCUGCAUGGAAUUAUACAAAGAUAUUAAGCAACUAGGUAGAGUUAUGUUACGAUUAGAAGGUACCACCAUUGCAGCUGGUUUAAUUACAAAAAUUUUGUAAAUCUGGAUCUAUACAUCUCGAAAAAAAGAGUCUCAAUAAUACGCAACACAAUUUUUUCACAGAGGUAUCUUACAAUUAAAUCUAAUAUAUGCAUUGCUCUUGUAUUUAUAUAUUACAUA